UUUAAGAAAGGAAUUCAGAAAUCCCAGGUCCUUGCAGAUACACUCUCCCAGACAAGGACUAAAGAUCGCCUGGAAAAAUCCCCAGACUCUCGUUUCGGUCUAAAAAGCAAAAAUCUUGUCUUAUUUCAAGCCGAGAAGAGACCAGGAAGUGGAAUCAGAUUUUUUUCACCCUGUUUCACUGGUUUUUACAGAGCUGCACUUUUACUGAGCUUCCAGGAUGCAGCCUUCAGUGAUCUCCACUGAUGUUUCAUUAAAGCCAUAACACCCCUUUGUUCUUUGGCUUUGUCCCCAGGGGGAGUGAAAAAGGGCUUUUUGGUUUUGAUUAAAAAAAAAAAAAAGUUCAGAGAGAGAGAGAGGAGGGAGAGGGAAAGAAAUCCUUCCAGUUCUAACUCACUCAAGGAAGGUGUGAGCUUAUUUUCCUCCUUUUCUCCUGGCUUUUUCCCUUCCCUUUUCCAGACUGGAUCAUGUUUUUUUCUUUUCUGCAACUUGAAUCCACUUUCGGAUUAUUUCAACGUUUGCAACCAUGACCGAGCUUCUCCGGCCAAGUGGAUUAUUUGUUUUCUGAGCUAAGGUCCUCCAGAAUCGUGAUCCAGAGUCAGGAACCUCAAGGAGUAACAAUUUUGGCAGCCAUGAGCUCUGCUGGGGUGCUAACCUGUAUUCCAGACUCCGGACGGAUAUUCAGGGAGACUUCAUUGCGCCCACCGGUGCCAGGCCAAGAGACAAAAAAUUUCAAGACUGAAAAAUUUGCAAUGGAUCCUCAGCACUAUGAACAACAGAUGAAACCCAAAGAAGAUUUAGUUAGAGAAGCAGAAGGUUGUGCAGCCCAAGAUUCCCGUUUUUCUCGAUGGGGUCGGUCCCUGAAUCUAUUGCUGGAUGAUCAGGAUGGGGCAACACUUUUUCGGAUGUACCUGGAAGGUCAAGGCCUAGUGGAUCUUUUAAGUUUCUGGUUUGCUUGUAAUGGCUUCAGAGCUAUGGACCCAACAGAACCCAAAACCUCAAAGACAGCCAAAGCCAUAUAUCGAUGGUAUGUACAAAAUAGCCAAGCUGUUUCAGGACGUUUAAAGCCAUCCACGCGGGCCCAAGUUAAGGAUUGUGUCAAAAACCAACAACUGAAUAGAACUGUGUUUGACCAGGCACAACAGGAGAUUCAAAGAGCCAUGGAACAGGAGGCCUUUCCUUCUUUUUUGCAGUCUGAUAUAUGCAGGGAAUAUGCUCAUGCUAUUGAAGACAGUCCCACCCCUGAUAGCCCAGGACCUGGACUUCCAACUCUGGCUGAGGAAGAGGAAUAUAAUGGAUUACACCACACUUCUGUUGGUUCGAGCACCAUGGGGAAAAUAAACCGUGCCUUCUCACGCAUACCACCAAGAAGCCAAAGAUCCCACCUUCGCAAAAAUGAACAAGUAUAUCGGUACUUUGCUCCUGCGGCUAGCAUUAACGACAGUGAAAUUUCAAGUGAUGCACUUACUGAAGACAGUAUGUCUGUAACGGAUAGCAGUGUAGAUGGAAUCCCACCUUAUCGCUCCAAGCAGAGGGAAAUCCAUAGAAGUGUCAGUGCCAAUGGUCAAGUGCCUCUGCCUUUUGUUCCUAGAACAAUGCGUCCGCCAGCUGAAAUGAUGCCAACCAAUCCUGCAGAAUUUGCAGCAAAACUGACCAUAGCUUUGGAAAAGGUUAAAAGACAAAGGGACGCAGAAGAAAAGUUAGAGGAAAAGUUACAAAGGUUAAAAGAGGAAGAAGAUAAACCUGAGUAUGACAUUCCUGCAUCCAGUCAUGAUGCUUUGCCAGCUGCUUCCUUUGAAGAUGACCCUCAAUCCAUCCUCGAUGACCAUGUAUCAAGAGUCUUGAAGACACCGGCAAAUCUGUCACCUAGAUCACAGUCUCCUUUCAUUCAAAGAAAAGUCAAAGGUCAAGCAACAUUUGGCAAAGGUCAAAGCUUUACUUCCUCCCACUUAAGACCGAAGGCUCCUCCUGGAAUGGAAACACCUGUCACACAGAAUAUAGAACAGAGGGGAUCCACUAGUUUACAGGGAUCAAGAAAUUACAGAAAAGUAGAAGGGUCUCUCCCAUCUAAUAAACAGGAUGAUGAAAACUCAAGCGCCAUUGGGCUGACCACGCCACUUUCACCUGAACAAGAAGUGGAACGCAGCCAUAGUGUAUUGCAAUGGGUUUUGGAAAGUGCAAAGAUGAUGAAAAAACAUCAUCGUGAUACAAACACAAGUAUAAACCACAGCUUGGAAGUGAAAAAAACAAGCCAUCGCACAACAUCACAGCCAGCACAUCUAUUCCUGCAGGAUACAUCUAUGCCUCCACUUACUGCACCAAACACCCUGGAUCAACUGGAAGAAGCCCGUCGUCGACUGGUAGAAGACAAAAGAGUUCCUAAACUUCAUAAGAAUAGGUGCGUGCAGUCUGCAACACUUAAAGAAAAAGGCAAAGCUGCAGAGAACGUACCAUCCUCUGGCUUCUCCACAAUGAAGUCUGAUGAGCUUAAGUCUGCAAAAAAGAUGAAUAGUGAUCAAGGGCAAGGAGGUUUAGCAAUUGUCUACUACUUCUGUGGAGAAAGAAUUCCUUACAUGAUACGAACAAAGGAACCUAGCUUGACUUUGCAAGAAUUUAAAGAUCUGCUCAGUAAGAAAGGAAGUUACAAAUAUUACUUCAAAAAGGAGAGCCAAGAGUUUGAAUGCAAUGCUGUGUUUCAAGAGAUAUCUGAGGAGGAUGCGUUGCUGCCAUUAUAUGAGGAGAAGAUCAUCUGCAAAGUGGAAAGAGCAUGUUAAGCACAUGCUUGACGCAAGUUACAGGAAUCUUCUACCGUUGCUGUUCAAAAGUGAAGGUUUAUACAGCAAAUGGGACCUCAUGGCUUAAGCUCUUGGAGGAUGGAUAAAGCCACUGAGCUAUGGAUCUUGGAAUAUAAAAAUGGAAAAUACAUGAACUGCGGUGAUCUUUUCAAGACACAUGUAUGUAAAGAAAUGGAGAUAAAAUGGAAAUCCUCAAAAUAUCAACAUGGAAAGUUAUUAAAAUGGGCAGUACCAUAGAUGGUUCCAUAGGAGAUCAGUGCAGAAUUCUAUUGUGACAAGAAUUUAAGGAGAAGCAUGUCUGCUGCAAAAAAAAUGGAAGCGUAUUUCCUGAAUGUUUCUGGCCACUAUAUGUAUUCAGGUUCAUUGUAUAUAUGUAAUAUUGUGUAUUUAUAUUGCAAGUGACUUAGUUUUGAUGGACAAGAGCCAGCUUGCUACAGAACCUAGAACAUUUACACAUAAUACCACUAUGUAAUCCUGAAUUGCAAAUAAUCAUCGGAUACUCCAGUUCAUGUGGAUCAACGGGGUAGAUGUAUACCAGUUUAUCAAAGAAUUGAUAAAAAUUGGAGACAAUAACCUACUUCAACAUAUUCAACGUCAAUGUCUAUAAGAACAAGAUGGUGCUUGAGUUGGAGAAUAGUCUUCUGAGACCACAUUAUCACUCCUGGUAAUCAAGCUAUGCAAUAAAAAAAAAAAGAUCAAACUGCUGCUAUUAAGACUGUUGGUGGCUUUCUUGCCUGGUUUGUCCUGCAAGAUUUCACCACCAUACUGAUCAGAGGGAUAUUGCCAUCUGAAUUUUUUCAAGUCUAUUUUAAUAGAAUUUGUAAUUAUUACUUUUAUAUUUGGUACUAGUUUAUAUCGGUUAUAUUGUUCCUCUGAAUCACAAAUUGGAGGAUUAGAGCAAUUUACCUUUAUGUUCUGUUUUAAGAACAGAUUAUACUGUUUUGAUGAAAUCUCAUGAAAAA